UCUUGAGAGGUUAUGGCAGUCGUGGACGGAAGCCGGAUUGGCGAGGAACUUAACAAGUUGAAAGAGGAAGCAGAUGUCGUGGUUCAACAAAGACAUGCGGAAGAAGAAAAAUUAUAUGGUGGAUUUCGAUCUCCUAUUAUCAAUACUUUAGUUUCUGGUGUGGGUUUCUUUACGGAUGCUUAUAACAUUUUUAUUGUUAGUAUUCUUAAUGGAGUUUGGACAGAAGGUUAUCCAGACGCCUUUACUAGUACAAUGAAAACCAGGGUGUCCAACAGUAUUCUUGUAGGAGACAUCGUCGGAAUGCUCUUCUUCGGCCUAUUUGCCGACCGUAUCGGCCGCAAAGCAGGGCUUUUAUCCACAGCGACGAUCCUUCUCAUUGGCCCGAUUUUAGAGACAGUGUCCUUUGGAGCAAACGGCUCUCAGACGGGUAUGUUCUGGAUGCUUGUAAUAGUGCGAGGAUUUCUGGGUGUUGGAAUUGGUGGUGAGUACCCUUGUGCUGCAACGACAUCUUGCGAAGCAGGCGAAGAUGCGAAAAUUAAAAGGGGAAAAAAUGUACUCCUCGUCUUUGCUAUGCAAGGCGUAGGAACUAUCACAGCUUACGUAUAUGGAAUAAUGUUAAUUGAAUGGGCAAAGGCGAACCCGAGCAAUUUUGAGCCAGUCUGGAGAGUCGCACUAGCGUCAAGUAUUGUUCCCGUUAUACCUAUUUACAUCCUUCGAUGGAGAAUGAGGAACUCCACCCGUUAUGAGAUAGCUGGUCUUUCUAGGAAGAAUCUUCCUUGGCUGUUGGUUCUCCGCAAGUACUGGGUAAAUCUUAUUGGAACUGCAGGAACUUGGUUCAUCAAUGACUUUUUGUUCUACUCAAAUGGUCUGUUUUCGUCGGAAAUGACAAAGUCAAUCUUGGAAGAGACAGACGUUCGGUCCUCGAACUUGGUUUUCACAGAGUAUACGAGCAUGCUUAUCUUAUUAAUUGGUUUGCCAGGAUAUUUUGUCUCUGCAUUCACUGCGGACUAUAUCGGUUCAAGAAAUAUUCAAAUUAUUGGUGCUGUAAUGAGUGGCGUGAUUGCGAUUAUUAUGGGCGGUAUUUUCAACUUGAUGCGAACGAAUCCCGGUCCUUUUAUCAUGAUGUAUGGUUUAUUCUUCUUUUUCACUCAGUUUGGAGCGAACUGCACU